GUUGUGGGCAGCAAUGCAGCGGGCAGUGAACAUGGUGGCCCGUCUGGGCUUGCGUCUGCAGGCGCUCCCCUCCGCCCUGGGCCGUCCGCUCUGUUGCACACAGGAUGUGCUCCGCAGGACACCACUCUAUGACUUCCACCUGGCCAAUGGCGGGAAGAUGGUGGCAUUUGCCGGCUGGAGUCUGCCUGUGCAGUACCAGGACAGCCACGUUGACUCACACUUGCACACGCGCCGGCACUGCUCACUCUUUGACGUGUCCCACAUGCUGCAGACCAAGAUAUUUGGUUGUGACCGGGUGAGGCUGAUGGAGAGUCUAGUGGUUGGAGAUAUUGCAGAGCUAAGGCCAAACCAGGACAAGGUCAGGGAGCUUCAGAACAUGGGCAGUGAUGUGGCUCUGGAGGUGGUGGAUAAUGCCCUGCUAGCCCUGCAAGGCCCCACUGCAGCCCAGGUGCUACAGGCCGGCGUGGCAGAGGACCUGAGGAAACUGCCCUUCAUGACCAGUGCUGUGAUGGAAGUGUUUGGCGUGUCUGGCUGCCGCGUGACCCGCUGUGGCUACACAGGAGAGGAUGGUGUGGAGAUCUCGGUGCCAGCAGCGGGGGCAGUCUGCCUGGCAACAGCUCUGCUGGACAACCCGGAGGUGAAGCUGGCAGGGCUGGCAGCCCGGGACAGUCUGCGCCUGGAGGCAGGCCUCUGCCUAUAUGGGAACGACAUCGAUGAACACACUACACCUGUGGAAGGGAGCCUCAGUUGGACAUUGGGAAAGCGUCGCCGAGCUGCCAUGGACUUCCCUGGAGCCGCAGUCAUUGUUCCCCAGUUGAAGGGCGAGGUGCAGCGGAAGCGUGUGGGUUUAUUGUGUGAGGGGGCUCCUAUGCGAGCACACAGCCCCAUCCUGAGUACAGAGGGCACCGUGAUUGGUACUGUGACCAGUGGCUGCCCCUCACCCUGCCUGAAGAAGAAUGUGGCGAUGGGUUAUGUGCCCUGUGAGUAUAGUCGGCCAGGUACCCCGUUGCUGGUAGAGGUGCGGCGGAAGCAGCAGAUGGCUGUGGUCAGCAAGAUGCCCUUUGUGUCCACAAACUACUACACCCUCAAGUGAGGAUGGCUUGGGGCAGGGCCCUCCCUUCCAGGAGCUUUGCUCUGGAAGGCAUUCUACAAGGGGUUAGUCAGGAAGCUGAGGCAGAACACCCUGGGGGUAGUUGGCUAGGGUGGAGGCUGCUUCUGGUUGUCUGGUUGAGGGGGCCACACCACCUACCUAUUCCUCCCUCAUCCUGUGCCACUCCAACUUCAACACCCCAUUUCUGAGCGACAUACCAGCUCACCCCAUGUCCUAUUUCAGCCCACACUACCACUGACCCCACUCUUGCCUGCUGGAGGGCUAUGAGAAGCAUCAGUUCUGACAUCUCUCCCUUCUACUCUGCCAGGUGCUGGCUGUGGAGUAAAGGCUCACCUUUAAGGGGAGGAUAAAGCCUACCCAACUUACCAGUUUCUCACACUGCAAAGGGUUAUCACCUUGCGCAGUGCCGGCCACCUUCUCCAGUUUACUUUUCUUAAAUACAAACUGCUGCCUCUCCCUGGGCAGGAAUGAUUCCUGACUCACAGAGGGUUGGCCCGGUAGUGUUGCUGUGCCCUGUGUAAAUGCAGGGAUGGCUGAGGGAGCAUGGACUCACUCUUCCACAUUCCCGAGGUAGCCCAGCCUGCUGCCCAGUAGCAUAUCAUGCUGGGCUCACCACCUGUUCUGAGCCCCAGGGCUAUUGUGAGGCAGGCUGGGCCUCCUCCUGGACUUGCCUUACCCUGGGCUGACCUUCGUCCCUGGGGCCCAUUACUGGACUCCACUGACUUCUAAAAAACAUUAAACGAGCUUCCAUCCUU